UCUUAACUCACCAUUUAUUUUUAUCUUUUAAUUAUAUUUAUCAUAUUCUCCGAUCCAAUUCAUUUUUCCCUUAAUUUCAUCGAUUUUUUUAAUUUGUGUAAAGUUUGAGGCACGUAUGGAGUAUUAUUGACAGUAGCAGUGGCGGUGGUUAAUCAUCAAGAGCUCUCGUUUUUAUGCAGGCGUGGGUAUAAAACCAGGACCUUUGCCUUUACUCUUUCCUUUUUACUUUCUAUCUUCCCUCUUUCUCUCACAAAUUUAUUUGCUUAAUUUUUCUUGCAACUCUUAGUUUCUGCUCCUCCUUCAAACUUGUAGAAUCCAGGAGUAUUUCUUUUGAACUCAGACAUUUGAAAGACAAAAUCUUAGUUUGUGGGCUAUACAAAAAUCACACAAACAGGGGAUUAAAAGGAAGUGAACAAAACCAACAAAAACCCAAAAUUCUAUACAGUUUUCUUCAGUAAAAAGCUUUAAUGGAGGUCAGACUACUAAAAGUUGCUCAAAAUCUGAAAUGGGUAUCUUUUAUCUCUCCAGUUUUAGUUGAUUUUUCCCUUUCCUCAGUCCCCUCAAUGAUUCAGUAAAGAGGGGUCAUUACUCAAAUGUUCCGACUAGGUUUUAUGUUUAAUUUCAGUACUGGGUGUUAUUUUUUAUGCUGAAAUCAAUUAUUUGGCUCAAAUUUAAUGCACUAAUUGUAGUAUUUUCUGUCAGCAAUUUCCUAGUGUUGAUUAGAUUCUUAUUGGUAUCUCUCUCUUCCCUUAUAGAGUAGUAAAGAUCUCUCUCUCUCUCUGGUACCAAUUUUAGUUUCUUUACAAGUUCAGUCAAUUUCUCUUCAAGAAGCUGUUGUAGGCUGAUAACGCUGGUUGUAAUCUAAGUACAUGGAAAUGGGUGCAUAAAUUUGGAUGCUAUGUCAUUUUCAGCUCAUUGAUUGAAGUGGGUACUUGACUUUUCUAUUACCCUCUUUAUGUGAACUAGCCAUAACUAGCCCUCAUCAGUCUAUAGCAGUCAAUAGUUCUUCUGUGGGUUAAUUGAGCUUCUUUAGUUAUUUGUGGUGGGGAAGGGGGAAUCUCUGUCAUUUCCUCUUAAUAUAUUUGGACAUUUUUUCUGUUUUUUAAUAUUCAAUAUGCAUUAUUUCAUUUGAUUGUGAUUUAUAAACCCUGUUCAAUUUUCUGGCUUUUUGUUGGCUUUUUAGGUUUCUGAUCUUAAUUCAAUUAGGGAAUUGGGAUUCUUGUGAGGGUUUUUUGGUUCUUUCUCCUACUUGUGUAAACUUUAAACCAUUUGAAAUUUUGAAAAAUAGGAGUGAAGAGGAUAGAGUGAGUCAAUUGUUGUUAUGGAUGUGAAUGAUAAGGAUAGAUUGGAGCUAGAAAAGGGGAAUGAUGAAUCAUUGAGCUAUCAUCCCCUUGGUAUAUCGUCGGAAUGGAGAUAUGAUAUUCCCAAUUUCACUAAUUCAUCAAUGGGUUUAGUUUCAAGUGGGAAUUCUAUGGAUGUUUGUGGAGAUGCUGUUGGACCUUCAUGUUCGUCUAGUUCUAUGGUGGAUUCAUAUCCUCCAACAGUUUGGGAACAUCCUGUUAACUCACAACCCUUAAACUUUAGUGAAAUGAAUGUUCAUAGUGGUUCGGGUGUCUCUGAUCCACUAUCAAUGCUCAAAGGUAGCUUAGUUUUACCCGGCAUGUCAGGGAUGUUGCCUCAUAGCUUAUCCCAAUUUCUGGCUGAUUCUGCUUUCAUUGAGCGUGCUGCUCGGUUUUCUAGCUUUAGUGGGGAGCAUUUUGGGGAUAUGUUGAAUCCUUUGGGUAUCCAUCAAUCCUGUAAUCCUUAUAUUCGAGACGGGAUUAUGAUGCAUGGUUCACAAGAUGUAUCGUCAGGAAAGAACUUUAAAGCGUUGGCUGGUACUGGUAGGCAUCCGCAAAAAGCUGAGGUGAGCUUAGCUGAUACAUCCAAGGAUGUUUCAUUGCGACUUGUGGAAGGUAAUUCACCGAAAAAUGAGAUGACGGUUGAGAAGUCUCGUGAUGAAGUUAAACAAGGUGCUUCUGUGUCUGGAAAUGACUCUGAUGAACCCGAGUUUAGUGGUGGAAAUGACAUGGCCCACGAUGAGGGGGUCUCGUUAGCUUCUAAAGGUGCAAAGAAAAGAAAACGGAGUAAGCAGGAUAUUGCGGCCGAGCAACACAAUGUAGAUCAGCAGAAGGGGGAACAUAACUCGACACCGACGAAUAAUGAACCUAAUGAAAAACAUCUUAAACAGAAUUCCCAGCUUUCUGAUUCACCGAAGGAAGAAUACAUUCAUGUGCGAGCACGCAGAGGGCAGGCUACUAACAGUCAUAGUCUAGCAGAAAGGGUUAGGAGAGAAAAAAUCAGUGAGAGGAUGAAAUUUCUUCAAGAUCUAGUACCCGGUUGUAGCAAGGUCACUGGCAAAGCAGUAAUGCUGGAUGAAAUUAUAAACUAUGUACAGUCGUUACAGCGGCAAGUUGAGUUUUUGUCGAUGAAAUUAGCAACAGUUAACCCUCGAUUGGACUUUAGCAGUGAACGUCUUCUUGCCAAAGAUCGGAUGUUUUCUGCACGAGCUGGUCCUUCAUCUGGUCUUGUAUUUUCCCCAGAUAUUCCAAUGCCUUAUCCCUCCCUUCACCCGACUCAAGCACCCAUGUUGCCACCUGGUCUUCCCGGCACCGGAAACCCUUCUGAAACUCUGAAGAGGGUGAUUAAUUCGCAGUUGCCAAAUAUGGAAGGAGGGUACAAAGACCCCAUUCUGCAGCUGCCUAACAUGUGGGAUGGUGAGCUUCACAACAUUGUGCGAAUGGGCUUCAACGGCAAUCCUCCGCUUGACCAUGAAACAAACUGUUCUGAACCGCAGGAGCAAAUGAAAGCCGAAUGUUGAUUUCUCUACUUAGUAACAUGCUGCUCAUACAUUUCUAGCACAUUUUCACUCCUCAUGCACAUUGAAUGCCAGACGGUAAAGAGAAUCUAUGAUAUAGUGAAGCAUCGACAAGUGACCUAGAAUUCGAGCUGUAUAUUCCUAACAACUAAUGUUUUUCAGAGAACAUAAUUCAUCUCUGGACUUCUGAUGCUUUAUAGAAUUCGAGCACGACUUUGCGAAGAUGUCGGAUAAGCCAUUCUUAGCAUGAUAUGAUGUACAGCCUCAGGGAUAUGCUAAAUGCUAGUUGUGAGAAAUUAUUUAUCUUUAGUUAUGUAGACAUGAGCCAUAACUACUACUGUUCAUUGAUCUUUGAUUCUUUGAUCACAUCAUGUUUAUGGAAUGCAGUGUAAAAUUUGUGUAAUUCUUUGGUUGUAGUUAUUACUGAAUAAUGGGUACUAGACUACUAGUAUAUUGGCUUUUUGAAGCAUAGCAAACACUUUUUUUAGUAUGGAAGAAAUAGUCUAAGAUUCUGCAUA